CGCACCUGCAAUGAACUUCUCAACAACGGCCACAAUACCAGUGGAGUCUACAUGAUCUACCCUGUAGGAGGAGGGAUCAGCCCCAUCCAUGUCUACUGUGACAUGGACACCGACGGGGGAGGAUGGACGGUGUUCCAGAGAAGGCAAGAUGGUUCAGUAGAUUUCUACCUGGAUUGGCAGGCCUACAAGACAGGGUUUGGGGACCUCCGAGGGGAGUUCUGGCUGGGCAACGACAACCUGCACCACCUGACGGCACAGGGAGGGUACGAGCUGAGGGUGGACCUGGAAGACUUCGAGGGAAACUCGGCCUACGCUAAGUACAGCAACUUCAGUGUGGAGGAUGAAGGGCACCUGUACAGACUGACCGUGGAGGGAUAUUCAGGAACCGCAGGAGAUGGUAUGGCUGUACAUUCAGCCAUGAUCUUCUCAACCAAGGAUGACGUACAUGAUAUUCACGACUGUGCCCAGAGGUUCAAGGGAGGCUGGUGGUACAACCGGUGUCAUCAUGCCAACCUGAAUGGCUUGUACCACGGUGGAGCUCAUCAGUCCUAUGCAGAUGGGGUGAACUGGGGAUUAUGGAAGGGCCAGUACUAUUCUCUCAAACACACUGAGAUGAAAAUCAGGCCUCGUUAGAUCCACUUGGUCCCGGCUUGCGUUUUUAUUUACGAUCAAACCGUGAUUUAAGGU